GUUCGUGCAUAAUUUCACUCUCACUACGCACACGCAAAAGCAGCGACCACUUCGUUACUCACGCACAUAAGUGCCAGACUAGCCAACUCACUGCUCACCUUGAUCACCACAAUGGCCGACACCCAGGCUGCCCCCGUGGAAGAAACAGCUCCAGAAGUGGAGAAGAAGACAGAAGAAGAGCCCGAAGAACCAGAAUCUGAUGAGUGGAAGGCUGAGAAAUACCGCAACAAAGUGGUCGAACGAAUUCAAGAUGAAAUUACUAAGACAGAAUCACAGGUUCCUAAAUCAGCGGCAGAACUCGAAGAGUUUGUUUUCUCCAAGGCCAAGUCUCGAAAAGAUUACCUAGACCUUGUGGCAAGGCUACUGAUCUACGUUUCUGAAUUCAAUAAAAAGAGGAGCAAGGAUGCAGAAAAAGAUGCUGAGGAUGGAGAGAAGAAAGAUGCUGAGGAAAAAGCAGAAGGCAAGGAGGAGGAGAAGAAGGAGGAGCAGACAGACUCCUGACCCUCUGUCUCGGAAACUCAAGGGAGUCUUUGUGGAGCGUCGUGUGAGAACUGAAUUUGUGAUCAUCAUCCCUUGAGACCAUUGAGACGGCUCCCAGCCUCCACCCCCACGUGCUUUCUGUCUACAUCAGUCGGCACACUACACACGUACCUGGGCUGACUGACCUUCUGUCUGACCGUUGUAUUUGUUCUUCUAGAUUCUCAUCAUGUUCAGUUGAUGUUCCUGUCGACAAAAUGUUCCAGAAUGUGUUGUAGUUCAGGAACACUUCGUUUUAUUCCUUCAGUGCUAACGACAACUUUUUGUGGCCAGCGUCCACUCCCUCCAAAAUGAUUUUACAUAUAUACGUUAUAUAUAUUAUAGGAAACGGAAUAGUCAAUCAUCGGACCAAAUUAUUUUCAUACUAACUGUUUGUAUCAGAUUUUAAAAACCCUAUUCCCAGCUAAAUUGGCCCCCAUGGCCUGUUGCAUGCAUCCAACUGUGUACCAAAACUGUCUAUCUUUGCCCGGUAGACCUGGUAGAAUUGCUUUUGCCGCCAGCUUGCAUCAGUAUUUUCUCUAUCACAAACUAUACAGGUAGUCUCGACACACAUCUUCUGGCUUAUGCUGAUAUUCUAAACUUCUCUAUCGUGCUACUAGAAAGCAAGCUACAGUCGUGUGCAUCUGAUGCAUUUUCCUGCUAAUGUCUUGAACUUAUUUCUCUGAUAGGAGCUUGAGUCUACAAAUAGAUUAUACAGUAGUGGCUGUCUAUGUGUUUAUCAUUACAAUAAAAGAGAUGAUGAAAUGAAUGAAGAGCCAUGGCCCAGCCAGAUCAGAAUGGGGAAGCAGACGUUGAUGAGAAGUUUUAUCUGAGUGAGAAAGAAGACAAUAAAUUGGAUCAGUGGACCAGCCCCGACCAAUCAAAAAAUAAGAAUCAGCCUUGAAAUAUUGACUUGACUGCUAUUUGAACUAACACUCCAUUCUAUUUAAUCUAUCAUAAUUUACAGUUUUUGAAUAUUUUUAUCCUGUCUGGUCAAUUUUUUUGGUUGAGAUGUAAAAUAACGUUGCCGUAGGUGGGAUUGAGUAAGGCUUAUGUCAUUUAACUGCUUCAACUAGAAACUUAUGUCUCUCCUCUGUGCAAUUAAAAUUUAUUUGUUGAAACAAACACUUUUAAGAUGUUUAAAAAUAUACAUGAGAUAUGUUUGUGUGGCUCAGGGGUAACCUAUGAGAAGGGGAACUUUUUUGGAAACAACAUUGUUGCUUAGAUGUUUCCCUUGCAGCUGAUGAUGUUUUGUCAUAUGUGUCAAAAAGUUCGUUUGGUGUAGUCCUCCUUCUUAUCAUAACACACUAUAAUAUAAUGAGAAGUGAAUGUUGAUCUGCAACAGUAAAACCACCCCAAGUUGGUUUGUUUCCUAU